AUGUUCUUCUCGAAGCUCUUGUCCGCUUCUGCUUUCCUGGCCUUGGCUGGCAUUGCGAGGAGUCAGCAGACGGGUGCUAGCUAUGUCGAUCCCAUCACGGGGUUUACUUUUUGGCGCUAUGUAAACGGCAACUACACUUUUGGCCUGGUGUUCCCCGAGGAUGUCACCACUGACUUUAUCGGCCAAUUUUCCGUCUCGGCCACUCAAGGAUGGGCCGGCUGUUCCUUGGGCGGCACAAUGCAAGGCAGCCUCCUAGUAGUCGCGUACCCCAAUGGCGACAGCAUCACAACGUCGCUGCGGCAGGCCGACGCCUACGCCAACCCGCACCUGGUGAACGGGACCGACGCCGCCGUGCACCCCAUAGCCUCCGGCACCUACGUCAACGAGACGGCCUUUACCAUAACCUUUUUGUGCAAGGACUGCAUCCUGACCGACGGCCGCACCUUUUACUCCAACGCCACGCAGCCCAUCCUCGGCUGGACCCAGAGCGUGAAUGCCAUUGCCGACCCGUCCAGUGAUAACUCGACCCUCAACUUUCAUGAUAAUUACGGCAACUGGUAUUUCAACAUGGAGGAUGCCAAGUCGGCCAACUUUGACGCGUGGGCCGCGCAGGCGUCUUGA